AUGGCGUCAACUUUUGUCAUAGUCACCCUUUGGUGUCUCUUUUGCUUUUUGUAUCCAGAUCCAGCUGUUAGUUCGGGCGAAAAUACUGUUGCCGCAUGUCAGGAUCUCAAAGCAACUUUUAAAUAUUUCAUCACUACGCCGGAUGAAACCGAGUACUCAGAGUUGCGGACAGAAAACUGGUCACAAACGGCGUGGAGAUUCCCAUCUUGCAUUUUCCGCCCAAAUAGGGUAGAGCAACUCCAGGAGGCCGUACCUUUACUUGUCCAGUCGAAGGUGAAAUUUGCGAUUCGCUCCGGUGGUCAUUCACCGGACCCCCAGGCAGCCAAUAUCGACGGGGGAAUACUUAUCGAUUUAUCAGGGUUUAAUACCGUUGAUUAUGACGCUUCGACUAAUACUGUAAUUGUAGGCUCGGGCUUGACCUGGGGAGAUUUAUACGCUCAGCUCGAUCAAUUUAAUGUCACUGUUGUUGGAGGUAGGAUCAUCUUAGCGAACGGCUCAAUCGCCAAUGCCAAUAAGGACCAACAUCCAGACUUAUUCUGGGCUUUGAAGGGCGGGGGUAACAACUUUGGAAUCGUGACAUCGUUUACUCUCUCCACCUAUCCUAUCCACCAGGUUUGGGCUGGGAUCAAAACCUACGCGUAUAGCGACCUACCUUCUUUAUACAGUGCCAUGUUAGAAUAUCAGACAGUUCUUCAAAAGGACCCGUACGCGAAUUUGGACCUUCAAGGCAUUCUGGUCGGUGAAAACAUGGGGCUUGCACUCAGCUUAGUUUAUUUGCAGCCGGAAGAGGAACCCUCCGCAUUUGCUCCUUUUUACCCUAUCAAGACAAUAUCAGACUCGACACAACUUACAACUCUCACCGAGUUUUUAUCGGGACAAGGGCCUGGGGAUUUCCCAAGGAGAGUUGAUUGGUCUACGACAAGCUUCACGCCGAACAAAGCUCUGUAUACAUCACUCUAUGAUCUCGUUGGCAAAAUUCCCUCUUUGGGACGAAUUGGAAAUGUUACCUCUGGUACGGUGGUUUUCGGAAUGCAGCCCAUUUCGAUCAACGCAAUCGAAGCAGGUUACGCCCGCGGCGGCAAUGCAUUAGGGUUAAGGCCGGUUGACCAAACGUGGUACGUAAUCGACGCAGGCUGGUGGGACGAAAAGGAUGACAAGACCGUACACAAUUCAAUACGGAAUAUAACAGGCGUAAUUGAAGAGGCAUCAACGAGAGGAGAUAGCUAUAUCCCUUAUUUAUUCAUGAAUGAUGCGAGCUGGGACCAAGAUGUUAUUGGCCAAUAUGGAGAAGAAAAUAUCAAGAGAUUGAAGGCGGUUCAGUCCAGAUACGACCCAGAGCAUGUCUUUCAGAAACUUGUGCCUGGCGGCUUCAAGUUACCUAGCUGA